GCUAGAAAAAUAGGCUUAAAUUUAUUGUAAAUAAAUUAAAUAUUUUACUAGAAAUCUAGAGAAGUAUACGGUUCAAUCAAAUCUGAAUAAUCUUUAUAUACCUAUUAUAUUUAGAUUAAUUCCAACGGCGGUUCUUUAUAUAAGCGUAAGUGACGAUGUACGACGGUCAGAUGAGCAACCAGAGCAGCCCGAGCAGCCCGGGCGCGCCCCCGCAGCCCGUCGUGCGCCUCGACAGGAAGCACCUGCGCACGCCCUCCGGCAUGUGCCAGAUGGUCCAGCUGACAUGCAACAUUCUUGGCUUUAUCUGCUUGAAAGUGGCAUGGGGAGCGUGGGUGUCAGCCAUAUUUUACAACCUGAUAUUCUGGAUUGGCAUCCUCGUCACGGGAGCCAUAUUUACCUCAUACCUGUUCCACGUGGUGGAGAAGUUUGAUGCGUGGCCGUGGCACAAGUUUGAGUUCCUGUACUGCGCCGCCAUGGCUCUUGGCUAUAUUAUUACAUCAAUAUUUGCUAUGACUAUUGGUGAAAGUGUUGGAUAUGCUGUUGGGUUCUUUGGCUUCUUUGCCAUCAUUGCCUACUCUGGUGACAGCUACCUGAAGUACCAGGCAUGGAAGAGGGGCCUCCCUGCUCAGUCACCGCAGUAGAUACCACAUAUCCCAAACUAUUUCCAUCCAUUGCUCAGUAUUAAAGGAAACUAUGUUAGAAUAAUUGAGCAGUAUUUAAACACUUUCUAGUGCACUGCACCCUUUAAAUGGGCAAAUGUAUAUGUCUCUAUUUUAUUCAAUGCACCUAGCUGUUACAAAAAGGCUCAGUAGUUACACUAUGCUAGGCUACUGAUAGGAACAAUGCAGAGGAGUACUUAAAUAUUACCUUUGAGGUACCAGGCACCUAUCAGUAGCUUAGUGUUAAUAAGCCUGUUAAAUGCUACUGCACACUGCCACAAAUCUGCAGUAUGCAAUGGCCUUUAGCUUAAAUGUUAUAGGUAGGUUGUAAGUGUUACUUUUCUAAGUUCAAUUUUAUUGAAAUACGUGUUAUGAUCUUAUUUUUAUAACUAUGGAAAUUAAUUAUACUUUUCUAAAAGGGCCAACAAAGAAGGAGCCUAUAAAUUAUGAAAGAAGAAUCCAACGAAUGUAAGAUUUAUAGUAUUUUUAAGAUUUAUUAAGUGGAGGGAAUGUUUAUCUGAAAGGAACAAACAGAUCUUACUGGGUGCUGCAACUAAUACCGCCAAAAUUACCUUAUGAAAAUAAAAUUACACUGGUGGUAUGAAUUUUAUCUCUAUCUGGUGGCAUAAGGUAGAAGCUAUGGGGCCAAUAAGGAAUGCAUUUUUAUAAAUGUAAAGGCAGGGUUCAUUAUACGGGCUUUAAGAAGAUGCCAUUGUAAAUCGACUUUUUGAUUUACUCACUUAAUAAUUUAAUAGCACUUUAUACUUAUUGAUUAGGUAUUUUGAAAUGUUUAUUUGGUAUCUACAAGAAAUCGUCUUAAAGAUGUUAUACUGAUUAUGUUUUAUAAAUGACUGUUUAAUGUUAGAUAAAAUCAUAAGAUAAGUUAAUAAAACACUGUAAGCACUUA